CGCGGUUUUUCUCCGUUUACAAGGUUCAAGGAAGCUCAAACUUAUCAACAAACAAUACUUUAAUCAUUACAAUCAUGUUCAUCUCCCACCCCUGGAUGUACCAUUUCUCAUAUAAAUAUAUAACUCCAUUCCUUUCCUCAAUAAAUCUCACAAGUCACAACUUCCUCUGUUUUCUCUGUAAUUCACUCUCAACAAAAGAAAGUAAAUUCAUUACUAAAUUAAAGAUUUUUUCAUGAUGUAUGGGAAUUGUGAAUUAGAAAAUGAUUUUGCAAUUCUUGAAUCAAUUAGGCUUCACUUACUUGAAGAUUGGGAAGCUCCAUUAACAAGCUCCGACAAUUCAACAACCUCAGAUUUGAGCAGAAGCAAUAGCAUUGAGUCCAACAUGUUUCCUAAUUGCUUGUCCAAUGAAUUUGAUGCAGCAGAUACGUUUCUUUUUUAUAUCCUUAAUGAAGGCGUUGGCUAUGGAUUUGAGCCAGCUUCUGAUUUUACAAUCCCCAAUGUCAAAUUAGAGCCUGAAAUUUCAAUUCAAUCAACUGAAAUAUGGAAUUCACCGGAGUUUGUGGAGCCGCCGGAGACGGCGACGGAGGUGGAAAUGGAAUCACCUGCGGUGACAACACCGCCAUCGCCAAAGGGAAAGCAUUAUAGGGGAGUGAGAGUGAGGCCGUGGGGGAAGUUUGCAGCAGAAAUUAGGGAUCCGGCGAAGAAUGGGGCGAGGGUGUGGCUGGGUACCUAUGAGACGGCGGAAGACGCAGCGUUGGCUUAUGAUAAGGCGGCGUUUCGCAUGCGGGGGUCACGUGCAUUGCUGAAUUUCCCUUUGAGGGUUAAUUCUGGUGAACCUGAACCAAUUAGAGUUGGUUCGAAGAGGUCAUCAAUGUCGCCGGAGCAUUCUUCUUCGUCGUCGACGUCAUCGGCGUCGCCACCAAAGAGGAGGAAGAAGGUAUGUCAAGGGACGGAGCUAGCGGUGCUAUAGGUCCCAACUGGGUUCUGUGUAGUGAUUAAGAAAAACAGAAUUAGUUGAUGGAAUUUGUUUUUUACUUGGCUGAAGUAAUGAAUUUGUUAUUUCUUUAAUUUUUUUUACUGUGAUUGAAACUGAAUCAAUCAUCCAUGGGCAUUAACGAUCGUAUUAAUGCAAGAAAUUACUCAAUAAAGCAAUAUUGUGCUAUUGAGAAAA